AUGACGACGCCAAAGCUGCCGGCUCGCCUCCGGCAUUACCACCUCGAUGCGGUGGCUGGAACAGGAGCCUUUGCUAGUGUAUACCGAGCCACCAACACCAAUCCCGGUGCAGAUCAGACCCCAGUCGCCAUCAAAUUGAUUCGCAAGCACGACUUGCGCUCCCAAGAUUUACAGGAUCGAGUGCAGCAGGAGGUGGGCAUCCAUACUCGGCUCCGCCACGAGCACAUCGUCCGUCUGAUAGACUUUGGCGAGGACGACGAUCACAUUGCCCUCGUUCUUGAAUACGCUGGUGGAGGCAGCCUAACGCAUUAUCUCCAAAACCUGAAACGACCCCUCACCGAGCCCGAGGGCCGUCUAUUUAUUGUUCAGCUACUCGAUGCGCUCGAGUACCUCCACCGUCAUGGUAUAGCCCACCGUGAUUUGUCGCCAUCCAACAUCCUCCUCACAACCGAUUUGCAAGUCAAACUAGCAGACUUUGGCAUGGCCAAAGUCGUGGGUGGUGCUGCUUACCCCGACCUUAACUUGACCUUGUGUGGCACGCCCUCGUUCCUGGCCCCGGAGAUGAUCCAGAAGCGUCACCAUGGCCUGAGCACGGACGUUUUUUCCCUUGGCGCCGUGGCCUUUUUCCUUCUGACUGGCUCAGCGCCCUUUGACGUUCAAGCACAUAAUGCCCUCAAGGCCACCCUGGCCAAGGUCGCCCAGGUGGAGUACACCAUGCCUGGCUCCUUGAGCUCUAGUGCGCAAGACUUUAUACGGCAAUGUCUUCAAGCGGUUUGUCGUAUUUUUGGCAGCCUCGAGCAUGACGACCUUUUUCUACAUUGUCCAGGUCACCGUUUUGGUUGUGGUGCAAUUGCCUAG